AUGGCUUCUCAGGUUAUUGCACGUAGCAUCAUGCUCCGAGCUGCACUUUCGCCUGCCGCCCGUCUUCCCUUGCGGUCGGUCAGGCUCAUUCCAGUUCUCAGCAGAAACACCCGUUUCUACUCCACAAAAAAUGAGUCUGAGAAACCAGCUGCCGAGCCCACCAAGGAGAUUAUCCACAAGGAUGAUGCACCUGUGACCAAGUUGGCUCCCACAGAAGGUGCUGAGGCUGUAGCUGUCAAGCCAGGCAUGAUUGCGAAGAUCAAAGAUGGCGCUAAACACAUGUGGCACGGUACCAAGUUACUCGGAUACGAGAUCAAGGUGUCGACCAAGUUGAUGGUCAAGUUGCUCUCUGGUUACACUUUGUCGCGUAGAGAAAACAAUCAAUUGCUACGGACCUUGGGUGAUGUGAUGCGGUUGGUGCCAUUCCUCAUGUUCAUCAUUAUUCCUUUUGCCGAAUUUCUCUUGCCUGUGGCGCUCAAGAUUUUCCCCGGUUUGUUGCCCUCGACCUAUGUCUCUCCAUCCGAGGCCAAGAAGAAGCGUGUCAAGUUGGCCGAGACCCGUAAGGCUGCCUCCGACUUGAUCCAAAAGUCCUUGGACCAAGAGGGUCUCAAAUUGUCCAAGAAGGUGGUCGAGAAGGAGAAACAGUCUUUUGUUUCUUUCUUCGACAUCAUUUCUAACGGUCAAACCCCUUCGAAGGAGCACCUUAUUCAAGUCGCUCAAAUGUUCAAGAAUGACCAGGUCUUGGAUAACUUGUCUAGAAACCAGUUGGUGGCCAUGGCCAAGUACAUGUCUCUUAGAGCUUAUGGUACCGACGCUAUCGUGCGUUACCAAAUUAGACACCGUUUGAUGACCAUCAUGAAGGAUGACCACAUCAUCAAGAAGGAGGGUGUGGAUUCUUUGACUGUUCCUGAAUUGCAAAGUGCUUGUUCUCAAAGAGGUAUCAAGACACAAGACGUCUCUCCUGCUCGUUUGAGAGAGGAUUUGGAGACUUGGUUGGACUUGAGACUUAAGAGUAAGAUCCCCGCACCUCUCUUGAUUCUUUCUUCUGUCUACACCUACGGUGAGCAUGACCAAGGUAUUGAGACCUACUACGAUGCUUUGUUGGCUGUCUUGUCCUCCAUUCCUGAUGAGGUCUACAAUGUUGCCAAGUUAGAGUUGGCUCAUGACUCCAAGUUGAAGUUGGACAUUUUGAAGGAGCAAGAAGAGUUGAUUAACGAGGAGAACCUCCGUGAGAAGGACACUGUCAACCAGAUCAAGGAUGAAAUCAAGCUUGACGAAUACGAGGAAACUACGGAUGGCGCGAAGGCUGACUCUUCCGAGAAUGCCGCAGUGGAGGGCGAAACUGCCGCCGAGGAAAAAUCUACAGAGAAUGAGUCCGCGAAGGAGAAGGAUUCCGAAAAGCAGCCUGAACAUAGCAAAGCCUAA